AUGGAAGUUCCGGUUGAUGAGGGCCUUCUUCUAUCGAUGCUUUUAAAGAUCACUAACGCUAAGAACACUCUCGAGCUCGGUGUUUUCACCGGCUACUCUCUUCUCUCCACGGCCCUUGCUUUGCCUGAAGAUGGCCACAUUACAGCAAUAGAUAUUGACAAAGAAGCCUACGAAGUGGGACUAGAGUUUAUCAAGAAGGCAGGUGUUGAUCACAAGAUCAAUUUCAUCCACUCUGAUGGUAUUAAGGCCUUAGAUCAAUUGGUGAAAGACAAGAAGGAGUUUGAUUUCGCAUUUGCGGAUGCUGACAAGUCGAACUACGUAAACUUCCAUGAGAGGCUUCUAAAAUUGGUGAAGGUUGGAGGAAUCAUUGCGUUUGACAACACCUUGUGGUUUGGUUUUGUGGCUGAGGACGAAAAGGGAGUUCCUGAGCAUAUGAGGGAAUAUAGAAAGGCUCUUAUAGAAUUCAAUAAGAAAUUGGCUUCGGAUACCCGAGUUGAAGUCUCUCAGAUUUCUAUUGGAGAUGGUGUCACGCUCUGCAGGCGCCUUGUAUGA